UGUCAUAGUGCAAAAAAAAAAAAGAAAAAAGUGAUAUGUUACUCAGGACCCAAUCCUGAUCAUGUGCAUAUAAUUUUUAUGUGUCUCGGACCUAUAUAUCCAGAGAUAUAAGCAUUUAUCUGCUGGUGAGUUACUUUUUCAUUGUGCAGGCUGGAGGGGGCGUGUCAGUCUGUCUCCCUCACAGGAGCAAGCCUGGGCAGUCAGCCAAUCAGUACUCUCUACUCUGUAACCCUUUCCUCUCUGGUUUUAUGCUGUGUCAUGUUACACAGAGGAAGAUACUUGGAGCUUGCCUGCAGUAAUCAGAAGACAUUAUGGGAAACCUGAAUGCUGAUAUGUCUGACCCUGAGGAAGGACAUUAGAACACAUCAGAGAAGAAGAGCAGAGAAGAUCUGCAUUCUACAUGUGACAUGCUGAUUUAUAAACUUCUCAUAUUUUGAGAUUAAAUUGCCUGCAAAAAAAAAAGCGACCAACUAAACUAAGACUGAAAAUAUUGACUUAAACAGAAGAACACCAUCCCCAGAUCCAAACCUUGUCUAUCCACUGGUCUUAUCAAAGAUGACGUCCGCCUACGAUGUCCUUCGCUUCCAGCUCCCCGGCCAUGAAGCAGCCACCCUGCAGAGCAUGAACCAGCUGAGGACAGAGGAACGCUUCUGCGAUGUAACUGUUCUCGCUGAUGGACUGAAGUUCAGAGGACACCGCGUGGUGCUCGCCGCCUGCUCCCCUUUCCUUAGAGACCAGUUCCUUCUAAACCCUGGUUCCGAACUCCAAGUUUCCCUAAUGCACGGACCAAGGGUGGUCUCGGACCUUCUACUGUCUUGUUACACUGGACUCCUGGAAUUCUCAGUCAGGGAUAUUGUCAACUACCUAACAGCGGCCAGCUAUUUGCAGAUGGAGCACAUUGUUGAAAAGUGCCGCCAAGCACUGACUCAGUUUAUUGAUCCACAGAUAGGCCUGAGGGACCCAAAAAAUAUGCCAUCUCGUGGGGCCACCUCAACAACCACCACAAGUACAAUGCACCCAAUUCGACCAGCUGAGAACUCCAAGCCUGUGAAAGCGGACGAGAGCGAAGAGGAGAUGUUGAUGAUGGCAGAAGAGGAAGAAGACGAGGAGGAGGAGGAAGAGGAAUCACCUACUGAUAUUUGUAUUGUGAAAGUGGAAGCCGGUAUGGGUGAUGCCAUCGGGGGAAAGGAUGGCCGAUCUUGGAGGAAGGGAAGAGAGGAGCAUAAUUCAGUGGCACAGCCAGAAGAGGCAUUGGUCAAUUCUACAGUGGAGGGAGAGACGGUGGAUGGGGCUGUCCAACAAGGAGUCAUGAAGGCUAUAUACAGUGAUGAGGUGGAGGGUGGGGAAGGGGUGCUGAUUAUACCCAGCAGCUAUCAUGAAGAGGAGGAAGAGGUGCUGGAUAGCGGGAUUGGUGGGUGCCAAAGUAGUGUUGUGAUUGAUGGAGGUUCUAGAAGUUCUCUUGGUGGGCCUGGAGGCUCUAUGUCCCUUGGCUCUAUGAUCAUGGGUGACGCCAGGUUUGGCAACAGACGAUCAUUAAGGUGCCCUAAAUGUGAAGAAACUUUCCAAGGGGUGGAGAAACUUGUCUUUCACAUGCGAGCACAACACUUCGUCUUCAUGUGCCCACGGUGCGGGAAGCAGUUCAACCAUAGCAGUAACCUCAAUCGACACAUGAACGUACACAGGGGCGUGAAAUCCCACUCCUGCAAUAUAUGCGGCAAAUGCUUCACUCAGAAGUCCACCCUUCACGACCACCUAAACCUGCACAGCGGCGAGAGGCCGUACCGCUGUUCUUACUGUGAUGUGCGGUUUGCCCACAAGCCCGCCAUAAGACGUCACCUCAAAGAGCAGCACGGGAAGACCACUGCACAGAACGUGUUGGAGGCUGGCGUGGUAGAGAUGAAUAUGUCUGCACACAACGCCCUGGAAUCUGGGGCACCUGACCUGAAUAUAAUGAUGGGCUAGACUGGAGGGCCCGCAUCGGAUUGGAGAUUAUAAGCUUUACAUUCAUUUUUGGCUAAUUUGCACUAAUACACACCCGGUUGUACUUCCUUUUUAUAGACGUGACUUGUUUUUUGUUAUUUUUUUAGAUUUGUUGACUACUGUAGUUUAGAGGCUUUACUUUAGAAAGUAAUGUGCCCUUUAGACCUUAGGAUUUCGAGGUUGAAGAUUCGGACUUAAGCUCUUUUUAUAAUCGUGAACAUUUGCUCGUCCGCGUCUUCUCCCUGGUUUCUGCUGUAGCAAUACUGAAUUUUUAAAAUAUCUUGCAAUGUUUUAUUAAGAGUUUGUCCUCGUCUUUCAGGUUCACUCUUUAUUGUUGUACUAAGAAAUUAAGUGUGUUUUUAUAUGAAACUAAGUGAAACUUGGCAUUGUGGACUUUACUGGGUUAGAUUAAAUACUCUGUGCUGCUGUUCA